GAAAAAUAUAAACAUCAUACACAUCAUACGGCGUUUUAGUCCUUAAAAUGUGAUAAAUAAUACCAAAUAUGGAUUUGUAUUCGCCUAGAAAAAAUUGUUAUAAUUUGUUACAUUUAACUAAACUUCCGAUUUUUUUUUCACAAAAAACUUUUUUUUUCAUUAUAAAUAUUCUCGUCAAGACAAAAUUCAUCCAUUAUCUUUUUUUUUCAACUGCGCUCAAACAAAAGGUAAAUAUUUCUUAUUUAUUAACUUCAUUAAUAAAAUUUUUCUUUCUCCCCCUUUUUUAUUUAUUAUUAUCGGAAUGUGAUACUUUUUUUGUCAUAUAAUUCAUUUAAAUAUGAACUGUCUUAUUUUAAAUUUACAUUAGUAAUAAUUAUUAUUUACUUAUUCCUUUUUUUUUAAAAAAAAAA